AUCCACAGAGGUCGAUUCAAGUCAUUGAAUCUACGGUUGGAGGCACCGCAGUGAAGAUCUCAUAAAAGAAGAUGAAGAAGAAGCUUCACCUUCCCAACUCUGGAAUUGAUAUUAGGAAGCUCUCGUCCAAGAAUCUGGACUGGAACACAAUUGGGAUUUCUGGACAAAUCCCCUCUGGCCCAGCAAAGAAGGCUGAUUUGAAGAAUGACUACAAAUUAGUCUUGGAACUUGUCAUUGCAUGCCUGGAGUGUGGAAGUGGAGGACAUGCAGAUGACAUAACCCAGGAAAGAGCCUUCAUCAUCAACGCCCUCAUUACCAAGACUUUGGGAGAGAACAGAACCAGUUCUGUUGCAGAAGAUGAAGGAUCUUCAGACAAUUUUCUGAUUGUAAGUCUGAAGAAGUCCUCAAAAAUGAAGCAAGUAGUAUCUCCCUCCUCCAGUGCUGAGGAAACUCAGAAACUUGGAUUGGUCAAUCUGGAUGAAGAAGAGGAAGUCUCUGCUCUAGGAGAACUUCAGAAGAAGAAGAAGAGAAGAAUUUCUUCUCCCUCCACAUCUGGAAAUGUCGUUCUAGAUAACUCAGAGCAGAACCAACCACAAAACAGUCCUCAAGAUCUUAAUGAAGAAACCUAUCAAGACCAGAGUCUUCCAUCUCCUUCAUCACAAGAUCUUGCUGAUGAAGUAAACAAAUUCAUGCAGCUCUACUAUGUUUGGAGAGCUUGGAAGAUUUUGGAUGAGGAAUGGGUGUGGCAGAAAACCAAUGAAGAUCUGUUGCUGGAACACUUGACCACCUCUCCACCCUCAGAAUUUGAUGUUGAUGAUGAUUAUACAGCAGUCUACACACCCAUGUUCAUCAAUUCAGCUGAUGUAGCAAGAGAUUUACUCUCCCAAGAGAUCUCAAACUACGGGAAUGUAGAAACAGAGGAAGAGUCAGUGAAGACCCUGAAGAUUGAUGAAGAAGAUGCUGAGCAAGGAGAAGAUGAUGAAUCCCUCCCUCUGCAACUCUAUCACAGGGUACCUUCUUCAACUCAGGUGACCAACUUCCACUCUCACAGCUCUUCCACAUCAAUGUUUCCAAAUGAGAUGCCGGAAUCCUAGACCAGGAAGGUCCAAGGGCUGGUUGAGUCAGCCCUGGAAUCUUAGAAAGCCUCUUUUAGGCAAGAGUUAGAUAAAAUAGAAUAGAGGCACAACCAAAUUCUAGAGAAGACUGAAUAGAAAUAUAGCUCAAACCUCAAG